AUGGAUCAUAGCCGGCGGCAUGAUGAGAGAGUUGCCGCAAAAUUCAAUUUGCUUUACCGACCACCCCUGUCUGUCCGUCCAGACCUCAUUGGACUCAUAACGUGUUCACUUAGAAACGAAGUACUAACGUUGAACGAGUCUAGACGUGCUAUGACCUCUCAGGACAAGGAGCUCGAGUCAUCUCAAGAAAAGACCUCUACUGUUGUUGAUCAUACCAGCGAAUCCACCGAAUACACUCGCGUCGCCAAUGAUGAAACCACAUUGCCUGAAGGAGGCCUACGCGCAUGGUCCGUGGUAGCAGGAGUCUUCCUGUCACAAUUUUGCUCAUUUGGGUAUACGAAUGCUUAUGGGGUUUACAAUGAUUUUUAUGUUCGACGAUAUCUGGUCGAGACGAGCACGUCGUCCCAGAUAAGUUGGAUCGGCAGCGUCCAGCUCUGGUUAUGCCUCUCGGUAGGGCUGUUCACAGGGCGAGCCUUCGACGCAGGCUAUUUCUACCACUUGAUGAUUGGGGGUUCUAUUCUUUUUGUUUUUAGCCUGUUCAUGGUAUCCAUCACCCAGCCGGAGCACUACUACCAGCUUUUCCUUUCACAAGGUAUUGGCCUUGGCUUGGCUAUUGGCAUUCUCUAUGUCCCGGGGCUAGGGAUUCUAUCACAUUAUUUUAAAAGACGACGCGCGCUCGCUAUCGGGAUCGCAACGUGUGGCUCAGCGGUUGGUGGUGCAUUGCAUCCCAUUAUGCUCAAUAAAUGGUUCCAGGGGAGCCUUGGAUUCCACUCCGGCGUCAAAGCUAGUGCAGGGUUGAACGCUGGGCUCCUCAUCAUCUCAUUGCUUUUGAUGAAACCAAAGUAUCCCCCCAACAGAAAAAAGGCCAACAGCACAUUUCGUAGCAUGCGGCUCUUUCUUAGAGAUCCGCCUUAUGUUAUAAUGAUCUUUGGCACGGUGAUCACACUCUCAGGAUUAUAUUACCCUAUAUUCUUUGUCCAGCUCAAUGCCAUUAAGAAUGGGAUCAGCCCGAACCUCGCCUUCUACACGAUCGCCAUUCUGAAUGCCGCCAGCGUAAUGGGCCGAAUAUCUACCAACGCACUCGUAUACAGAUUAGGCGCGUUCAACGUGGUGGUGUUCUGCAUAUUCAUAGCCUCCGUCCUUGUGUUCUGUACGCUGGCCAUCAAGACGGCAGCUGGGACGAUAACAUUUGCCAUCCUAUAUGGAUUCUUCUCCGGAGCCUAUGUGAGUCUACUUGCUCCCAUGAUUGGGACAACUGCGGAUAACGACUCGGAAAUUGGGGCACGCCUCGGCAUAUGCUUCACAUUCACAGGAUUUGGCGGACUGGUCGGCACGCCUAUUGCCGGCGCAUUGCUGUCAACAUCGUUUAUUUGGUGGCGGCCGACAAUAUACUCUGGAGUAGCUGUCCUCUCGGGUUCCAUAUGCUUCUUCACUUCCAGAUGGUUGUUGGCGAGACGUAGACAUACCCAAUGGAUUUGA